AUGCCACCGGCAUUGCGCGACCAUACCGCUGCACUGCUUAGCAAGUGGCGUCAAGAUGCUCCGGCUCCAUGUAUCAGCUCGAUAGCGGAACAAUCGGCUACCAGUUCGACGCAAAGCCCUGCUGACAUCACAGAUUCCUCCGCUGAUUCCCAGUCGAAUACGGCGGCUUCGCUGGUUAAUAAUGCAGCAGCUCACGAUGAUGGAUUAGACGCGCUUCCCCCCACCCCGCCACCUAAUCUUUUAUUCCGACUUUAUCAGAACUCAGAUAACGGAUCACGGGAGUUGCUGUGCAACUUCCUUCAAACUUCAUCCUCAUUGUCGCCUCUGGCCGCGCCAAAACGACGUCGAACCGGUCGUCGUGGAACUAAUCGUUGA